AUAGCGCUACCUAUGUGGGUAUUGUAAAGCACAAGUACACCAUAUGGUACACCAAAUAGUGUACAGGAACUUGUUAAAAUUAGUAUAAUAGCUGAGUUUAUUUAAAGAGUAGUCUACAUAUAUUAAUAUUAUACCACCAAAACGUUUUAAAGUUAAUUUAAAAAUGGAUUUGAUUGAAAGUGUUCGAAGUGGAUUUGAAAAGAAAGAUUUCACAGUCAUUAGUAUUGCUGUUGCCACUUUCGUUGUAAUUAUUACUGUAGUACUAUAUUGGAUUGUUGGAAGAAGAAGGAACUUGCAGAGAGGUGUUUUGAUGGUGGGACUUUCUGGAGCAGGAAAAACUUUGCUUUUUUCAAGGCUGGUAGCAUCCAAGAAUGUGGAAACAUAUACUUCAAUGAAGGAAAAUUCCUCCUCUAUCAAGGUUCCGAAUAAGGGUGUACUAAAGCUGAUUGACCUGCCAGGAAAUGAACGAUUAAGAAGCAAGUAUCUAGAUGAAUUCAAAAGCUGUGCCAGGGGAUUUAUUUUCGUGAUUGACAGUUUAUCAUUUUCAAGAGAAAUAAGAGAUGUUGCAGAACUGUUGUACACUGUUUUGAGUGAGCGUGUGGUGUCACAUAAUUGUCCUCCUUUUCUGAUUGUUUGCAAUAAACAAGAUGAAACCAUGGCAAAGUCCAGCAAAGUUAUCCAGUCCCAGUUGGAGAAAGAAAUAAACAUGUUAAGGGUCACAAAGAAUGCCAUGCUAGAUUCUACAGAUGACACUGGAAACAACAACACUUACCUGGGACGGCAAGGCAAAGACUUCCAAUUUGCUGACCUUAAACCAGUAUUUGUAGAGUUUGCAGAAAGCAUUGCCAGAGAAUCGGUGAAUAAUGAAAUCUAUAUUAAAGCUGUUUCAGAAUGGCUUUGCAAAAUUGCUUAACUCAUCAUUGUUAUUGCUUUCAAUUGAAAUUUCAGUAAAGAUAAAAACUUUAUUGUGAAUCUAAUGUGAAAUUAAUGAUAAAUCCUAACUGCUCGUUUUGUUUUUCAAGAAAGUCCUCUUUAAGAUUUACAUUCUGUCUAAAGUUUCAGAUAUCUAUUUUUUCAUUUGCCUAAUUGGAGCUAGAAUGAUUCACUUGAAUAUAAAGAUUCUGUAAAAGACCGAGGAUGAUUAAAUGGAGAAUCUGCCUACAAGGGACAAUUAAAUUUCAAAUGUA